UGUACUCCCAGAACCCAGGCAUCAGCUUCUAAGUUCAGAGCAGCAAACUCGAUAUGAGCGCCAUUUCGACGAACUUACAACCACCAAACAAAAAAACAAACCACCUCCAUAUGGUGCCAGAACGGGCUGGAAACCAAGAAAUGCAGAUGACUAUGGAGAUGGUGGCUCGUUUCCUGAAAUUCACUUAGCACAGUAUCCCUUGGAGAUGGGACGUAGUAAAGCGAGCAAAAGUGGUGGUGCUCUUCCCUUACAAGUCGAUGCUGAAGGAAAUAUUCGAUACGAUGACAUUGCAAGACAAGGUCAUAAUAAAUCUCGAGUUAUUCAUUCACAAUUUAAAGAUUUAGUACCGGUGAACCAAAGAUCAGACAUAGAGCAAAUAAAUUUUGAAAGGCCGGGCGAGGAGGAGGUCAAAGAGACAACGGAAAAAACGAGGGAAGCAUUAGAGAAAAUUGUACAAGGAAAAAUUAAAGCUUCACAACCAAAAAACGUAAAAAGUGAUAAGCCUUCAGAGCCGACAUAUAUAAGAUACACACCCGGACAACAGGGUGAAGCUUAUAAUUCUGGAGCAAAACAGAGGAUAAUUAGAAUGGUGGAAAUGCCCGUUGAUCCAAUGGAACCUCCAAAAUUUAAGCAUAAAAAGAUACCGCGUGGUCCACCAUCACCACCGGCGCCAGUAUUACAUUCUCCACCUCGAAAAGUUUCUGCAAAAGAACAACAAGAAUGGGUCAUUCCACCAUGUAUUUCAAAUUGGAAGAACGCAAAAGGUUACACGAUUCCACUUGACAAACGUUUGGCGGCCGACGGACGUGGACUGCAAGAGGUCAGAGAGAGGGAAGGUAUAAGACAGGAACGACGAAAGGAACGAGAAAGGGAAUACAGAUUAUCAAGAAUGGGGGCGGAACAAAGGGCAAAAUAUCUAGCACGAGAGCAAAACAGAGAUAUAUCUGAAAAGAUCGCGUUAGGUCUUGCAAAACCUACACUUAGUAAAGAAAGUCUAUAUGAUUCUCGGUUAUUCAAUCAAUCUGAAGGACUAUCUUCGGGAUUUAAAGAUGAUGAUGUCUAUGAUCUUUACGAUAAACCGCUCUUUGCUGGCUCAAGUUCCUCGAGCAUUUAUAAUCCUAAGAAGGCCUAUGAUUCUGAUCAAUUCGGCGGCGGUAAUGAAGAGAGCAUAAACAGAAUGCUAAGUGUCGAUAGAUUCGGAAUUGCGUCCAAAGGUUUUCAGGGAACCGAUAAAAACCAGACGAGGGAAGGGCCUGUGGAAUUUGAGAAAGAGGAAGCUGACCCAUUCGGGUUUAGUCAAUUCCUCGAUGAUGCUAAAAAAGGUAGCAAACGUGGAUUGGACAUGUAA